UUCCUCUCAACAGUUCCCUCGACUUGAGCAACAUGUCUGCGCCCUGGACACGUGUAAACAAACAUGGAGACGAGAAUCACCUUGCACUAGGGUUAAUCUAAGUGUAACAUUUUGAAAUCAUCAAUUUGUGUAUAGAAAACUUGUUCCGACAAUGGCCUUGCGGCUUUGCGAGACGUUUCUACGCAGAUCUGUGCGAUUUUCAACGAUCUGCAGACUGACAACAGCCCCAGAGCACGCGCCACUGGAUCUGCGUCGAUCAGGUCGCUCAGUUUUUGGUCCACAGACAGUAAGACAAUGUCUGUUUCACUGCACUCCGGCCAGUUUGGUGUCUUCGAGUUCUUUUUUGGACAGACUGCAGAAGGGGAGAGCGGUGGUGUCCGAUGAGGGUCUCUGUCAUCAUCAGCCUGUCUCUGUUCCCUCAGACAGCGCUCAUCAAUUUUCCUUAUUGCUGAAGGAUCCUGAUCAACCUGCAAAUGCUAAAUCUCUUAAAGUGACGAUAGUGGGUGCUCCCAAUGCAGGGAAAUCAACAUUGACCAAUCAACUGCUUGGUCGAAAGUUGUUUGCUGUUUCUGAGAAAGUGCACACAACAAGAUCACGUGCUGUUGGUGUCCUGACAGAGGAUGACACACAAAUCAUACUGUUGGAUACCCCUGGUCUCACCACACCAAUAAAGGCUAGAAGACAUCAACUGGAGGAUUCACUGCUGGUGGACCCUUUUGAGUCAAUAAAGGAAGCUGAUUUAGUGGUGGUGCUAGUCGAUGUGUCUGAUAAAUGGACGCGCGAUAAGCUGGACUAUGAAGUGCUGAAGUGUCUGGCCCUGAAUCCAGAUGUCCCUGCCAUCCUUGUCCUCAAUAAGGUAGAUCUACUGAAGAACAAAACACUUUUGCUAGACAUCACGGCACAGCUGACAGAAGGGGUGGUUAAUGGAAAGAAGAUCAGGAUCCGUGGCGCAGAGAAACCACGUGAGAAAUUAGCAGCCAAACGCCACAGCAGACAUGCUGAACAACCAGAGUCUGAGAGCGUGAAGGACGCGCUGUCUCAGGAGGGUCAGGACAAAGACAGGCUGAAGGCCCUGAAGAGCCGCAGGGGGUGGCACCUUUUUAAGGAUGUAUUCAUGUUAAGUUCCAUUGACAGAGAAGACGUGGAGACGUUGAAGAAGUACCUGUUUGAUGGUGCAAAGCCUGGCCAGUGGCAGUACCACAGUGAAGUACUGACUGACCAGGGUCCUGAGGAGAUGUGCAUCAACACUAUCAGAGAGAAACUUCUACAGCAUCUCCCGAAGGAGGUGCCAUACUGUAUGACACAGCAAAUUGAAAUCUGGAAGGAGUCUGAAGAUGGGGUACUCGAAAUAUCCAUCAAACUAUAUGUAAAGAAAGACACACAUAUGAAAAUGGUUAUUGGCUCUGGAGGUCAUUUGAUAACCAGAAUAACCCAGGAAGCUGAAAGUGACCUAAUGAAGAUUUUCUUGCGUGAAGUACGUUUAAAAAUCUCUGCAAAGUUGAAGAAGUGAGGUAGACUGUUUGAAUGAUGAAGGCCAGAGGCAGACGGAAACCUGAAAAGAGUUGAGGAAGAGUGAAGAAAUGGACAUGAACUCAAAAUUGGCUGUAUUUUGGGUUGUGCUGUUAGGCUGAUCUCAAGAGACCACCCUCAUUCCUGUAAAAUGAAAUGCAAGUAUAUCAGGCACAUUACAUGGGUUUUCAGUAUCAUUUCAAUGAUCAACUGUAUCAAAUAUGCCUGUGCUGCUUACAUAUAUUGCUGCUUUUGAUUUAUAAAAAUGUCUAUAUAAUAAUAAAAGCCAAAAAUCACGUA